AUGGGCCUCGAGUGGGUUGCUGACAAUAUUGCGGCAUUUGGCGGCGACCCAGAGAAGGUCACCAUCUGGGGCGAGUCCGCUGGCGCCAUCUCCGUCUAUGCCCAAAUGGCGCUGUACGAUGGUGAUCACACCUACAAGGGCAAGCCGCUCUUCAGGGGUGCCAUUAUGAACUCGGGCAGCGUCAUCCCGGUAGAACCCAUCGACGGGAAGAAGGCCCAGGUUGUGUAUGAUCAGGUGGUCAAGGCGGGAGGAUGCUCAGGCAAGGCGGAUACGCUCAACUGCCUGCGCGGUCUGAGUUAUACCGCCUUCCUGAAUGCUGUGACUUCGGUUCCUGGCAUCCUGUCGUACAACUCCCUCGCGCUGUCCUAUCUCCCACGGCCUGAUGGGGACAGUCUCACGGACUCCCCCGACGCGCUGGUCGCUGCUGGCAAGUAUGCCGCCGUCCCCAUGAUCAUUGGUGACCAGGAGGACGAGGGCACGCUGUUCGCGCUCUUCCAGUCAAACCUCACCACCAACGAUCGCCUCGUCAACUACCUCAAGAGCUACUUCUUCGACAGUGCCACCACGAGCCAGCUCAACGACCUCGUCAACGCGUACGGGAAUGGCCUGAGCGCCGUCAUCGACGGCAGCCCAUUCAACACGGGGAUCCUAAACGAGAUAUUCAUCGGCUUCAAGCGCCGCGCCGCCAUCAUGGGCGACCUCGUGUUCACGCUCGCCCGCCGCCUCUUCCUCCAGUCGGCCAACAGCGCCAACCCCAACGUGCCAUCCUGGUCCUACCUGGCCUCGUACGACCAGGGCACGCCAGUCCUCGGCACCCUCCACGGCUCCGACCUGCUGCAGGUCUUCUUCGGCAUCAAGGACAACUACGCCGCCAAGGGGAUCCGCGCGUACUACAUCAACUUCGUGUACUCGCUCGACCCCAACGAGGGGAGGGGGUCGUACCCCGAGUGGCCGCGCUGGUCGGAGACGAACAAGCUCCUCCACUUCUUCGCAAACAAGUUCGAGCAGCUGGAUGACAAUUUCCGCACCGCCGGGUACAACUGGCUGGUGAAGAACGUCAACUCACUGCGGUACUAG